AUGGCGGUCCAGGAGUCAAAGGAGGCAGGGGUACGUGUAAAGGCGGCACGCUCGGAACGUAGGAAGACAGUAAAGGACUUACAACAGGAGGAGUCAGCUAACAGUGCCAAUGCCCAGGAGGAUGCCGCCAUCGAGGAACUUUGCGACGCCUUCAACAAAAUUGGCAUUGACGCUCAUCAAAACCUUGGUUCCGAGGAGAUAAAAGAUCGAAUCCUAGCAGCAAUCACAGAACACACGAUCAUCAAUCCGAGGAAUGUUGAGUUCGCAGAUGACCCAAAGGACUGGCAUGAAGCCCAAUCAUCCCCUCACGCUUCACAAUGGGAGGCAGCGUACCACGACGAACUGAAGUCCCUCAAAGACCGUGGCGUUUACACCCUCGUACCUCGCCAAUCCGUCCCAACAGGCACAAAAGUCCGAAAAUGUCGACCCAUCUUCAAAAUCAAACGGAACGAGGACGGACAAAUCGACCGCUUCAAAGUCAGAGUUGUAUUCAAAGGCUUUGAACAGAUCUACGGGAAGGACUACACGAGUACUACCUCACCUACAGCGCGCAUGGAAUCGUGGCGAAUCCUUCUCCAUAUUGGCGCCAGCCUCAAUUGGGAUGCUAGACAGAUUGACGUAAAAACUGCCUUCUUGUACGGCCUUCUCCCUGAUGAUGAAACCCAAUAUAUGGAACAACCAGAAGGAUUUGAGGAGCCAGAGAAGAAGGAUUGGGUCUGGAAAUUGCAGCGAGGGCUAUACGGUAUGAAGCAAAGUGGGCGCAUUUGGAACCAGACAAUGAACGACGCGAUGAUCGGGUGGGGCUUCACCAAGCUAACGAGCGAGCCGUGCAUUUACUAUCGAAAGACCGACACCGGUACGAUAAUUGCCACCGUCCACGUUGACGAUUUCCUUUCUAUCGCAGACUCCACACGCGAAAACGAUACCUUCGAGAUACAAAUGCAGGGCUUAUGGGAAAUUUCGAGCAGACCAGUAAAGUUCUGUGUCGGGAUUGCGAUCAACCGAAAUCUUCAGGACAAUACGGUGUGUCUCUCUCAGACUGCACUAAUUGACAAGGUCGUCUCGCAGUUCGGUCAAUCCGACGCCCAUCCAAUCUCGACCCCCAUGGACCCUGGCCUAAAACUCCGUCGCCCUGACCCCAAAGACAUCACACCGACCGAACGCACUCAGCUCAACAAACUUCCCUACCGCUCCUUAGUAGGAUGUCUCAUCUACCUAGCCAUCGGCACUCGCCCCGACAUAUUGUACGCUGUCCAACAAUUGUCUCAAUUCCUCGACUGCUACACGUACGCACACUGGACCGCUGCUACACGCGUAGUAAGGUACCUUAAGGGAACGCGAUCUCUAGCUCUUCGCCUCGGAGGAAAAGGCUCCAUUCGACUCCUCGGCUUCACCGAUUCCGAUUGGGCAAACUGCUUAGACACUCGUCGAAGCGUCGGUGGAUAUGGGUUCACACUCGGGUCCGGGGUAAUUUCGUGGACCUCCAAGAAACAAUCCACGAUUGCCACUUCUACGUGCCAAGCAGAAUAUAUGGCAGCCUUCGACGCAUCGAAGGAAGCCAUGUUCCUACGCAACCUUCUCUCCGAAGUCAACUUUGCACCCAACCAACCCACAACUAUCCUCUGUGAUAACAAUGCCGCUAUCAUCAUUUCCGAGGACCCUCUCCAUCACAACCGCACCAAACACUUCGACAUUCGCUACCUACGGGAACAUGUUCAGACACACGACAUUUCCUUGGCAUAUAUCAAUACUAAAGACAACCUCGCCGACAUCUUCACAAAAGCGUUACCUACCCAACAAUUCAUUCGCCUGCGCUCUUUCCUCGGUCUGGUUUGA